CCAUGCGCUGAGAAAAACCAAAAUGGCGAUGGUAUCGUCAGCCUGUGACUGGCUGAAGGAUUGUGCUGUCAAUCUUCCAGGAAAUUGUCACAUUCGUUUGUACGACUUGAGCCCUGGGAACCUUAAUUGCUCUAUGGACUGUUUUGUUUUUGGUGUGUUCUCAUUUUGUUUUGUUCGUUUCGCCUAAGGACGUGGACGAGUGGCCAUGUUGGAGACGUUAGACAGCGCCAUCUCACACGUGAUCAUAUCGGAGAAGGACACAGAGAGCAAGGUGAUGGCCUGGAGGAAGCUGCUGCAGUACCUCUUCACCCAGCUCACCAAGAACUUACCCAACACAAAAUCCCGGUCUACUACCACGGCUCUUGACGGCAGAAGAUAUUCGGAGACGUCUCUGGCGAGCACCCAGGAACUAUUCGGAGACGCACUCCCGCACACAGAUGCGCUGCUUUGAGGGGUCAGGCUGCGUAUUGUUUGCUGCAGAUCACACAUAAUAUAAUCACUAAAACUGUCGGAAAUCAAUUAUUUUCAAGACAAUUUCAAACUUUACCUCAAAAUAUCAAAUUCUGGGUUUCAACUCAGGGGCA